UUCCAGUGUUCAGAUCAAAAAAAUUUGUUUUUAUUUUGUUUUUGUUUUUGUUUUCAAACUUAACAAGAAGCAACAAAGCGAAAAAAAUCACUAGCUUCAUUUUCAUUAUCCGAUAAUUUUAUUGGUUUUAUUAUCACAUGCUCAAUAUGCUUGGCAAAAUUACAAUAUUGUGUACAACAUUGUUUGUUAGUCAGGUAACUGGUUAUGCUGGUAGCGGUGGAUAUGGUGGAGGUACUAAAGGAUAUUCAAGCUCAAGUGGAAGUCGUUCCGGGGGUUACGGUGGCGGAUCAACAUUAGGAUUGGGUGGUAGUUUUGGAUCAUCAUAUGGUUUUGGUAGUACAAGUGGUGGUGUUUCAGCUAGUUCAGCUGCCGCUUCAGGACCAAUACAAGCAGCUGUUCGUUCAAGACAUGUGAUUGAGUAUGUUGAUAUUGAUCUACCACAAGAUGAUGUUGUACCACAAGUUAUUGAUGUCGAUGCCGGUCAUUUGCCAUUAAUACUAAAUUUUAAAUCUGCAUCAUCACGAAUACAAGUACAUCAAUCACAUGAAGGUUCAGAAGCGGGUGAAAUACAAGAAACAGAAUCUGAAGAUGAACCACAAUUAUUACGACAUUCAGUAACGAAACCGAUUAUACAGGAAGUUCGUGAAAUUAUUACACCAUUCAGACGUGUUGUACAGGAAAUUCGUCCAGUUGAAGAAGAAGUUAAAACAAUUGUUGCACGGGGUCGUGGACGUACAACUGAUACUACUGGUUCAACAGGUAGUAGUAAUGUUGGAAGUAGUUCAACAGGACGUGUUGGAACAGGUCGUGGAUCUUAUGGUGGCGGUAGCGGUGCAUAUGGUAGCAAUUCAUUUGGAUCAUCAGCCAGUAAAUCCGGUUAUUAAUAAUAAUAAUAAUAAUUAAUCGAACAAGAUUAUUAGUAAUUGAAAAAUUCCAUACAAACACCUGUUG